AUGGCCACCACCGAAACCCCCCGCUUCUCCACCAACGACGUGACGGUCGUCUUCUUCCUCGGCGGCCCCGGCUCCGGCAAGGGCACCCAGUCCGCAAACCUGGUCCGCGACUACGGCUUCGUGCACCUGUCCGCGGGCGACCUCCUGCGCGCCGAACAAGUCCGCGAAGGAAGCCAAUACGGCGCCAUGAUCAAGGAGUACAUCACCGAGGGCAAGAUCGUGCCCAUGGAGGUGACCGUCGCCCUGCUCUCCAACGCCAUGGCCGACGAGCUGGCCAAGAACCCUCCCUCCGGCACCAAGGCGCGCUUCCUGAUCGAUGGGUUCCCGCGGAAGCUGGACCAGGCGGUUUUCUUCGAGAAGACCGUGUGUCCGUCUGAGCUGGUCCUGUUCCUUGAUUGUCCCGAGGAGGUGAUGGAGAAGAGGUUGCUGAAGCGGGGUGAGACGAGCGGACGAGAUGAUGAUAAUGAGGAGUCGAUUCGCAAGCGCUUUAGGACUUUCGUGGAGACUUCCAUGCCCGUUGUUGACGAUUUCGAGAAAAAGGGCAAGGUUGUCAAGGUUCAGGCUACUGGGUCUGUUGAGGAUGUCUUUGCGCAGGUCAAGGCUGGUAUUGAGGCUCGUGGUUUGCACCCCGUUGCGUAA